GUUCUAUUUUUAAACGUAAACAAGUCUUGUCUCUUUCCGAUCGUUACUCGGUACUCGUUAGGUAUGACUCCUUCCUUUUUUCACCGAAUUUUAUCCCACGCCUAUCCACAAUUUUCUUGUUCACACCCUUCCUUCUAUUCACUGCGCACUAUUCCUUCAAAAUGCGAGUUUAGAUUAGAUUCAGUCUUCAUUUUUUCCUUGUGCGAGAUGGCGUCGAAUAAACGCCGCGCGUUUUCAAUUGAAGAAAAAGUGAAAAUUAUACAAAGGAUUGAGAAGGGAGAAACUAUCAAAAGUUUAGUUUCCGAGCUCAACAUUUCACAAUCAACAAUAUCAACGAUUUGGAAAUCAAAAGAAAAAAUAAAAGAAAUUUUCGAAAAAGAUGUCAAAUCGAAGAAAAAGCUUCGUAACAGCCAACACGAAGAGCUUGAAGCAGCUCUUUUGGAGUGCCAUCUUGCAAGCAAAAGGAUGAGUUCGCCAGGAUCCUGGGUAAAGAUUUUCAAUGCUCCAAUGUCUUGGAUAACAAGGUUCAGGGCAAGGCACAACAUCGUGUUUGGAAAGAUCAGCGGAGAAUCUUCAAGUGUACCAGCCGGAGUGUCCGAAAAUUGGCUACAGUGCAUCUGGCCUACAACUCGGGAGAAUUUCGCUGACGAAGACAUUUACAAUGCCGACGAGACCGGAUUGUUUUACCGAUUGACGCCGGACAAGACUCUUCUAUUUAAAGGGGAAUCGUGCCAUGGUGGGAAGCACUCAAAAGAGACAGUUACAGUCCUAGUCGCGAGCAACAUGACGGGAACAGAUAAGAAAAAAUUAUUAAUCAUCGGAAAAUCUCCGCGUUGCUUCAAAAAUGUCCAAAAACUUCCGCUAGAUUACACCCACAAUAAAAAAGCGUGGAUGACGAGCGAGAUUUUUUCCGACUGGCUUCGCAAAUGGGACGAAGAGCUUCAAAAGAAGAAACGAAAAAUUCUUCUCACUGUAGAUAACUGUUCUUCUCAUCUGUCACUCCCAAACCUGAAAAACAUCGAACUUAAUUUUUUACCACCCAAUAGACAUCUGUGCUUCAGCCCAUGGACCAAGGCAUAAUCAAAUCCCUCAAAGUGAAGUUUCGUCAACGUUUGGU